AUGGGGGGAUGUUCCGAGGUGGAUAGGUAUGCCAUGGCCGAGGAGGCUGUAGAUUAUACCCAAGAGUGGGGGGCUUCUAGAGUGCCCUCCAAUAUGACGGGGAAGAGGUUGGGGGAACUUAGGGAGAGGUACAGUGUCCCCCACUACAUAGAGAUGUUAGUCCCUGAGCCGAACGAGCGGGCCUGCUAUCCAAGGCCCGGCUGCGUGGCCGAAAUUCAUGCUAUCGCCGACCCAAGUUCUGCUGAACGGGUGGAGCCAACUGGUCGGCUCGUACUUCCUGAUAGUAGUACGAGGUUCGAGCUCAGUAGGGAGGAAUUUGAGGUGAUAGAGGACAUUUACAAGAGGCCUCUGAAGCUUCGCCACUUCGAUCACCUAAUUGACAGGAGCAGAUACUUUUUGGACUUCGAGCUGAUGGCAUCCAGAGACAAAUUCAAGAAGAGGGAGUACCCAGCUCUGGACAUGGCCUCUAUCUUGAAGGCCACUUCUACUGCGAAGGCGAGGCCCCUGAAGCUUGGGUCCAGCGGGGCAAAGAAAGUCCGAGGCAGGGUUGAGCGCCUGUCCAAGGAUUGCACUCCCAGGGCUUCGGAGGAGGCAACUACUCAGAGGCCAGAGAAGCCUAAGGAGCUUCGGGGCAAGGAGAAAGUCUCUGAGGAGAAUAAGAAGAGGAAGCUGGUGCACAUUUCCAGCUCAGCUGGCAAGUUUGGGACCUCAGUGUCCCAUAGGACUGAACAGACUGGAGAGCCAAAGCUUCUUGCUGCAGCCUCCAAAGCCAUCAAAAUAGAGAUGGUAAGAGAGGUAGAGGCUAAAGAGGCUAGGGAAAAGGCCGCAAGGCGAGCAGCAGAAGCCGCCGAAGAGGAGGCAGCAAAGGAGAAGCCUGUUCGGGAGAAGGGGAAGGAGGCCUUGAGCGAAUUCCAGACAAGGACCCACGCCUCGGAGGGGAAGGCUGCCUCCCUUGCAGAGGAGGUUAAAGCUGCUAAGGCCGAAGCUGAAGAGGCCAAAGCCCAGAGAGUUGAAGAGGCGGCGAAGCUUGAGUCUGCUUUGGCCCAAGUUGAGGCCCUAAAGAAGGAAAUGAAUCUCUCCUUGGUCGGUGCUCCAGAUGCCUAUCAGUUUCUCGAAGGCCAGGCGAAGUGGUACAUGAACGACGCCUCGGUUGCCAGAGAAGAGGCUCGAACUGCAAGGGAAGAGGCGGUGAAGGAAUACAUCGCCAAUUUCCACACUACAGAGGAGUAUAAAAGCUUCAGCUCGUACUGGAGGAACUUCGCCUAUAUCGAAGUGCUAGAGAGGGCAGAGGAGCUGUAUCCCAAUUUGGACCUAGCUCAACUUAGGUCCGAAUUUGUGGAUGAGGUACCUCAGACCCCAGCUGAGGAGGUCCAGGGUGAUGAAGAAGUUGAUGCCGAAGCCCCAAGUGCCGAGGCAGAGAAAACAACUACUGAUGCCCAAGUUGCCGAAGCCCCUAGUGCCGAGGCACCUCCGUCAUCUAGCCAGGCAUAUACUAGGUUUUAUUUUUCAGUAAUUUUGGAUGUAAUGGCCAGAGGCCCUCUUUUGUAA